AUGAAGAUUUUGAUAACAAUAAGUAUUUUACUUAUGGCUGCAUCUUCAAUAGAUGUAGCAGUCUCAGAUUAAUGCAAUUGCGAGAAACUUCUCUCUCAGGCUGACUGCAAAGCAAAAUAAGGAUGCAGUUGGUCAACAACAACAUUUCUUUGCUCUAAAAUGGAUUCGGGAAGCAGUUCCACUGAAGGAUACUGCGGACUGAUAUCUGAUGCUAUCUCUUGUGCUAAAACAAAGGGCUGCGCUUAUAUUGAUUCUGUUUGUUAAAUAUUUGCUGGUUGUUCAGCUUACAAAGGUGCAACUGACGCUGAGUGUCAAGCCAUCUCAAAACAAUGUAAUUCCGACGGUACAGCAUUUUGUGUUGAUCCUGGAACUUGUUCUUCUUAUAAAACAGCCGAAGAUUGUACUGGAAAAGGAAGUAGCGGAGGUUCAGGCACUUGUGUUUGGGAUACUGCAUGUAGAGAACAAAAAUGUACUGAAGCAGAUGCUACAUUCAAUACAGAUGCUUAGUGUAAUAACUUCAUAAAGGGUUGUGUAACAACAGGAAAAGGAUGCGUAACUUAAUUAGGAUUAUGUUCCACAUAUAAUGGGGAUAUUGAAAGUUGUGAAGGAUUGAAGGGAUCUGAUGGUUAUUGUAAAGGAAUUGAGGGAAAAGAUAAAUGUGUUGUUAAGGUAUGUACAGAUGCCGAAACAACAUUGACUACAGAUGCAGCAUGUACUAAAUAUUAAAUUGGUUGUGUGACAAACGGCUAUGGUUGUGUUAAAGCUCCUUUAGGAUCAUGCUCUACAUAGACAGGAGACGAUGUGGUUUGUGCAAAUAAGAUAGGAUCAGAUGGUAAAUGCAAAGGAGUAGCUGAAGGAAAAACAUGUAAUGUUGUAGAAUGUAAAGAUGCUCCAGAAACAUAUUCAACUGAUGAUGAAUGUGGUAAGUAUAAGAGUGGUUGUGUAACAACUGGUAAAGGAUGUACUACAUCAAGAGGGGUUUGUUCUUCAUAUAAAGGUACUUCCUCAACAUGUGAUGGAUAUAUUGGAUCUGAUGGUAAAUGUAAAGGAAGUUCAGAUGCUGAAGCUGCUUGCUCUGCCAAAGUAUGUAAAGAUGCUGAUGCUACAUUGAGUACAGAUGAAAAAUGUGAUGAAUAUCAAACUGGAUGUAAAACAACAGGUAAAGGUUGUGUUUCAACUUUAUCAACUUGUUCUUCUUAUACUGGAGAUUCAACUAGUUGUGAUGGAUAUAUAGGAACUGAUGGUAAGUGUGCAGGUGGAGCUAGUAGUGGUAGUUGUUUCCCUAAGAAAUGUUCAGACGCUCCUGCUUCUUUAACAACUAAUGAGGAUUGUUCAAAUUAUCAAACAGGAUGCAUUGCUACUGGUACUGGUGGAUGUAUGGAUGCUGGUGCAUGUAGUACUUUAGUAAAUAACAGUCAAUGUGAUGGAAAAUCAACAUGUUAAUGGACACCUUAAUGUGUAUCAAAUGUAGCUUGUAAUGAUCUAAAAACUGAAGUUUUAUGUAAGACUGUUACUUUACAAAAUUCAAAUACUUGUUGGUGGGUGACUGGUAGUUGUGUAGCAAGAACAUGUGAUUAAGCACCUGCUACAUAUAAUACAGAUUCAAUGUGUGAUACUUUUUUAAAGGGAUGUUUGACUAAAAAAACUGGUUGUGUUGCAUCAACUGCUACUUGUAGUAGUUAUUAAGGAACUAAAGCUACAUGUGAAGGAUUCACUAUUAAAUGCACUAAUACUAAUGGUGCUACUGAUACUACUGCAUGUACUGAUCCAGUAUGUACAGAUAAUACUGAUGCUACCACAGAUGAUGCUUGUAAAUCAUUUCAUGUAAAAUGUUUAACAAAAGGAACUGGAUGUAUAGCAGCUAGUGCAGCUUGUACUGCUUAUGCUGGAGCAAGCACAGAUGUUUGUGGAAAGUUUACAGGUAAUAAUUAAACAACUCCUUGUUGGUGGAGAAGUGGAUCUAAUUGUGUAGACAAAGCUUGUAGUGAUGCUGAUAAUUCUAAUACUACUGAUGAUUUAUGUAGUAAAUUUUUGAAGGGAUGUGUGACAACAGGAGCUGGAUGUGUUCCAAGUUCUUAAGCUUGUAACGUUUAUACUGGAUUAAAUCAAGCAGGUUGUUUAGCAUUAUCAAAAGGAUGUGCAAGAAGAGAAGCUUGUACUGUUGAAGUUACAUGUGCAAGUAUAACUGGAGCAACUAAUUAGGCAAGUUGUGAUGCAGUUUUACCAAAUAGAUGUGUAUUUGUUAAUAAUGGAUGUACUAUCAUAGGAAAUUGUAGUACUUACAGUGGAAAUUCUGUACUUGCUUGUAAGGAUCUUGUUAAUGGAAAUGGUGAAAAAUGUUAUUGGACAACUGGUACUUCUUGCACUGAUAGAGCAUGCAGUUAAAUUACAAAUCCAACUGAUCUAAAGGCUUGUACAGAUCAUAAAUCUACUUGUGCAAGGAAAUUAGAUGGUACAGUAUGUGAAGAUUAUACAUGUACUAAUGUUACUGGUCCAACUACUGAAACCAACUGUUAAAAUUAUCAUCCAUUAUGCCAUUUUGGUACAGUAAGUGGAACAGCUGCUUGCAAUGCUGGAGCUACUUGUGGUGCUUUUGGUCCAUCAUCUUCUGGUACAUGUCCUACUGUGAUUACUGCUCAUGGUGGUGCAUGUAAAGCACAUGGAACCUUAUCAAAUGCUUGCAUAGAUGAUGUUUGUUCUGCCUAUAAUGCUAAUGCUAACGAUUGUAAAGCUAAAAAAGUAGCUUACACAACUUCAUUUUAAGGAAGUGCAACUGCUUAAUUCUGUUUCCAUAAUGGAACAAAUUGUGUAGAAAGAUCAUGUGCAAAUGCAAAUACGCACCUUGGAGUUACUGUUUCUUCAUUUUCUUAAUGUAAUUCAUACUAUGAUUUAUGUGUAUUCUCAAAGCCAGGAGGUAAUCCUGCUUGUGUAAAUGGAAAUACUGCUGAUGGAGUUACUUUUGGUUGUGGUUAAGUUUAGGCUUCUGCAGAUGAUUGUUUAAAUUUAACAGGUAAAUACAAAGUUGGUUCUGUUUGGGAAUAUCGUUUAUGCUAAAAACAUAAUUCAGGAACAACUGUAGCUGCUUGUUUGGAUAGAGCAUGUAGUUAAAAAACUGAUGGAAAUACUGAUGCCAUAUGUUAGGCAUGGCUUCCAACUUGUAAGACUGAUGGAGUGAGUUGUGUUGAUAUUACAUCAGCAUGUACAACAAUGUCAGGAACUUCAGAAAGUUGUUAAUUACUUACUGGUACAAAGUUGGGAUCAAAAUGUUAAGGUAAUACAUCUGUAAAUGGUGGUUGCGUUGAUAGAAGAUGCUAGGAUAAUGGAACAGCUACAACAGAUGCAGAUUGUAAGAAAUUUAUGGAUGGUUGUAUAACAACUGGUAAAGGAUGUAUUACUGGUACUACUCCAUGUUCUGGUUAAUGGGGAAAUCAAGAUGGAUGUAAAUUAUUAACAGGAAAUGGUAAAUCAUGUUGGAGUUUAUCUUUAACUACUAAAGGUCCUUGUAUUGAUAGAACUUGUGCUCAUAAUACAACAGCAACUACUGAUAGUGAUUGUGCAGCCUUUUUAAGAGGAUGUGUUACAAAGAGACCAGGUUGUAUUGAAUCUAUAUCUGAAUGUACAUCAUAUUAAGGAGUUUAAGCAGAUUGCGAAAAGGCAGUAGGUAAUGGUAAAUCAUGUACUAAUGAUUCAACAGCAACUGCAACAACAGCCUGUAAAGUGAAAGAUUGUACUAAAUUAGCUGUUGAUUCUUAUUCUGAAUCAAUAUGUCAAGCUUAUGGUAUUUAAUGUCAUUAUAAUGGUACAAAAUGCGAUGUCAUUUAAUCGUGUUCAUAAUUGAAGGGUAACUUUGUCACUUGUACUUAAUAUGUAGCAUCAGAUGGACCAUGUGUUGGUACAGCUCUUUAAACAGAGACACCAACUAGUUGUACUGCUGCUAAAUGUUCAGAUGCUCCUAUUACAUUAAUAACUGAUGCUGAAUGUAAUGCAUAUAAAAGUGGAUGUAAGACUAAUGGUAAUGGUUGUAGUUCAGUAAUUACAUGUGCAGAUGUAUAAUCUUCUUCAUCUUGUGCUACUGUUAAGAGUGGAGAUAAUUUAAUUUGCACUUGGGCUUCUUAAUGUAGAGAUAUUCAAUCAUCAUGUAGUAGUUUUACUGCAAGUGGAUAAAGUGUUUGUGCUUCUUCUGAAUCAUCUUCAGGGUUUGGCAUUUGUGUUUGGAAAAACAGUGCUUGCACAGAAGCUAAAUGUGAAGAUUUACCAUUAACAGUUGGUUCAGAGUCAGAUUGUACUGAUUAUUCUAAUACUUGUACAUUUGCUGGAGUUGGAAAUGGUUGUGCUACUAAAGGAGCAUGUACUAAUUAUACAAGAAAGGAAGUCUGUUAAGCAGCUAAAUCUACAGAUUCUAUUGGAAGUUGUACUUGGGAUGAAACUGUUGUAACAGGUACUUAAAUAAAAGGAUGUAGAGCAAAAGAUUGUUAAGAUGCUGCAACUACAUUAUAAAAUGAUUCUGAUUGUGAUGCAUUCAUUUCUGGUUGUGUAAGUAAUGGUGCAGGAUGCAUGAAAUCUACAUUUACAUGUGAUAUGUUUAAGACAUAAGCAAAAUGUCUUUAAGAUUCUUCUCUAUAACCAUGUCUUUGGAAUAAUAAUGCAUGUUAGUAAUACUACAAAUGUGCUGAUUUAGCUUUGAAAACAGUAGCUACAUGUUAAGCAGCUUCUAAGUAUUGUACAACAGAUGAAAGCAAAUGCACACCUUUAAAGACAUGUGCCAAUUUCACAAAACAAUUAUAAUGUUCAGUUGGUACUGAUGGUGUUUGUGGUUGGGUAACAUCUACUAAGAAAUGUUAACUCUUUACUUAAUGUACAGAUUUAGUCUCGAAAGUAAGUACCGAAUGUUCAGCCUUCAAUACUAAAUGUAUUAGUAAUGGAACGAAUUGCAUUGAUAUGGCUGAAUGUUCUACUUAUGCUGAUAGUGAAAUUGCAUGUAAAAUUGGAGGAACUGAUGGAACAUGUUAAUUUGAUAAGGAUGCAUCAACUUGUCGAUUGAGAUAAUGUUCUGAUGCAUCUACUUCUACAUCUACUCAUAAUGGAUGUUUCGGAUAUUAAAUUAAUUCUACUACUAAAUGUACGACUGAUGGAUCUAAAUGUAUUUCUUUGGCUGAUUGUGCCUCAUAUACAAAAUAAGCAGGUUGUGUCAUUGAUAGUUAAUUCAAAGCUUGUAUUUGGGAUACUACAGCCAAAACAUGUAAAACUAAAACUUGUUAAGAUACUAAAAAGACUAAGACUUCUGAAUGUGCUGCUGCCUUAACUGGAUGUAUAUCUGAUGGAACCAAAUGUAUAGAUUAAGGAAAAUGUGCAGAUUACACUACUAAAGAAGCUUGUAAUGCUGGUGGAACAGAUGGAGCUUGUGCAUUUACUCCAGCAUCUGGAUCUACAACAACUGGAACAUGCAAAUUAUUUUCUCAAUGUUCAGAUGCCAAUUCAGAUCAAAAUGCAUGUCAAUCUAAAUCAUUAACUUGUAAAUGGAUAGCUCCAGUUGGAACUACUGCUAGUUCAUGUUCCAAUCAUACUUGUGAUUCAGCUGCUAAAGGAACAGCUAAAUGUGUCACCAUCCCUAGUUUUGAUGGAAAAAGAUACACAGUCUGUUAAGUUCAAGGAGGUAAAUGUGUAACUGGUGAUCCAAGUGCACUAACUUAGGAUGCAUGUUAUAAAAUGAGUUAAUAUACCUACAGUUGGAAUGCUAGUACAAAGAAAUGUAUAGCUUGUGGAACAGGAGCUACUAAUAACAACAAUAACACUACUGUAGAUAACAAUUCAACAAAUGUAACUGAUCCUGUUACAACUGGCCAUGGAUUUUAUCUAUAUGUUUUACCUGUUUUGAUUACCAUUAUUUUCUGAA